CUUUUUUACUUGCUGUUAUUUGACAUUGACAAUUGCGUUUGCUCCAUUUCGAUUUGUGGUAUUUGUAGUCACGAUUUUUUUCCAUUUAAAAUAAAUAAUAUAUUCCACUUAAAAUGUCGCUAACAAAAUCAAACAAAAAAUUCAAAUGGGCACUUGACUUCAAUCCAAAAUCUCGUACUUCAGCGAGCGAUCUGCCCUCACCUCCUGGUUACAGCCAGUCCACAAAUGCCAAUUACACGGAAUCAUCCAAAGAAACGGAUUCUAAUUUAUUACUCAUCAAAAAACUUUGGGAUGUAGCCCUUGGGCCUUUGAAGCAGGUGCCUAUGAAUCUAUUCAUAAUGUAUAUGGCUGGGAACUCCAUCUCUAUAUUUCCUAUAAUGAUGGUAGGGAUGUUGAUUGUUCGUCCUAUAAAAGCUUUGUUUAGCACACAAAGCACUUUCAAGAUGGUUGAAGGAACACAAGCAGCCGGUCAAAAGUUUGUUUAUUUUAUCGGCAAUGUUGUGAAUAUAUUACUUGCUCUUUAUAAAUGUCAGAGUAUGGGAUUAUUACCAACACAUUCCAGUGAUUGGUUGGCUUUUGAGGAACCACUAACAAGAGUAGAACAUAUUGGAGGUGGUAUUUCUAUGAUUUAAAAAAUAGACUAUGUAAACAUAUUGUUUAUUUAAAUUAUUGUUAACUAGGACUAUUAGGGUAAGCGGUAUUUACAAUAAUAAAAUGUUUAAUUUAA